GAUCCAUUGUAAAGUGUCAUUGCCAAUGUAAAGAAAAAGUAGCACUUGCCACGAGAUCCCUGUCUGGUGAAAGGUAACCACUGCUCAACUUAUAUGUUCAUUUGCAUUUGUUUUCAUCUUUUUUUACAUUUUAUUAUUAUUAUUAUUAUUAUGCAAUUGUUGGAAUUUUACCACAAUACUUUCAUUUUAGCCUGAGACAACUUUAGGCUCAUGCUCAAGAAUCUAUAAAAUUUUAUUUAGUCUUUGUGCUAUGUAACCUAACCCUAACCUAACCUAACCCUAACCCUAAAUGUGCUUGUAAAUGUGCUUUAUGCAAAUGUUCAAUUUACAAAUAAUGCUGCUUUCCAAUCCACGAGGGAUGUCUGGCCAGAAUCCGAUCAAUCGGCUUUCUCCCUCUCAAUUACUUCCCAUCUGCUGUGAAAGGACAGUAUUAAACCAAUAAGCUUUAUCAGGAGAACCCAAACAAACUCUAGAUCACACUGGAUUUGACUCUCUACUCUUUUUAUAUGGAGAACUUUCAUUUUCAACACAAUGAAGUUAUCUCUGCUGUUUGGUUUGAUCCUCCUCCUGGCAGUUUGGGCCCAGAUUCCUGAUGCCAAAUCCAAAGAUGCUACUGAAGAGUCUCAAAACACUAUCUCCACUAAAACAGACACAUCUGAGACCCACACGCAUCGUGUUAGCAGCGGUCUAAUCCAAUGUGGUGAAUACAGCAAUGAGAUGAUCCCAAACGGACAGUGUCGAUUAAUAGCCACAUUACCACAACUGGAAGAGCAGAGAUGUCCCGAUAUGUUUCGAUGUACAGACGAAGUUUCCUAUUGGCUGCGUGAGAACGAAGAGCGCAAACAGCAAAUUCAGGACUUGAAAGAAACCAUCUCAGAACUUCAAGAGGAGCUUAGGAGCCACAGGCAUCGCAUCAAAGUCCUGGAAUUGCAGAGUGAAGAGAAAUAUGGCACAAACUCUUCUACAGAGCAUCGCUUCCAAACACUGCAGCAGAUCCUUGAAGAAACGAAUGAUCUGCUACAGAUCCACGGAUCACUGAUUUACGACAUGCAAGCACAGAUCAGCAACCUAACUAUGAUAGUGGAUCGUGUGAGGCGCAAUCCCGGCUGCAUGAUCAACGUCAUCCGCUCGAACCCGCUGGUCAGUGCUCAAGACACUCUUUAUCCAGAUGUUCAGCACAUGAGAAACUGUCCAACUGACUGUGCAUCCCUACACUACAAUGGAAUCCACAGGUCUGGGAUUUUUACUGUUGUCCCCUCACUGGGUUCGACACCAGUAGAGGUUUACUGUGAUAUGGAUACCCAAGGAGGUGGCUGGACCAUGAUUCAACGUCGACAGGACGGAAAGGUUAAUUUCAAUCGCAAAUGGACAGAAUAUAGGGAUGGCUUUGGAGAUCUGCACGGAGAGUUCUGGUUGGGAAAUGACCACAUCCAUGACAUCUCCAGUCAGGGGGAAUAUUCCCUUCGGAUUGACCUGGAGGAUUGGAAUGGCAAGCACAAACAUGCACUGUACCAAAACUUCUGGAUUGAGAAUGAGGAAAAUCACUAUCGUCUCCAUGUGACUGGAUUUAGUGGUACAGCUGAAGACUCGUUCGGUUGGUACCAUGACAAGCAAAGCUUCAGCACACCUGACACCGGUAACAUCUGUGCGGAGAUAUCUCAUGGAGGUUGGUGGUACAACCAGUGCUUCUUUUCAAAUCUGAAUGGAGUUUAUUAUAAGGGAGGGCGCUACUCUGCAAAAGUAAAGAAUCUUUUGGGUCCUGAUGGGAUUGUAUGGUACUCAUGGAAGGAUUCAGAUUAUUACUCUCUGAAGAGGGUGAGCAUGAUGAUAAGGCCACGGACAUACAGGCCACGCCCCUCUCCGUAACAGCACUUUAGGGUUUAGGUCCCGCCUCU